GUUACAUAUCAAAGACCUUGGAUUUCUCUAGAAAUCGUCUCAACUCUCAACAUCAGUGUUUAUUCUCCUUUGGGUUUUCUCUUGUUCUUACUUCUGGUUCUCUUUCUCUAGAUCUACAGAUUUUCUGUGUGAUUUUCAAUGGCUGGGACUGCAGAGAAACCAAUUUUAAAGCUGACACUUUGUGUCGACCCAGAAAAGAACAAGGUUGUCUUUGCUGACGUAGGCAAAGAUUUUGUUGAUGUGCUUUUUGGUUUUCUGGCGCUGCCAAUGGGUACCAUUGUGCGAUUGCUAGAGAAACAUAAGCAGAAUCAACCUCCAAUAGGUUGUUUCAAUAAUCUCUACAAAAGUGUUGUUGAUAUGGACAAAGAUGAUUUCAUAACGGAAGCUUCUAAGGGUAUGCUCUUGUAUCCGAGGCACGUGAAAGAGAAGCAAUGCAGACGGCUUAAGCUCAACAUAGAUGAUGAUAUGUGCAAUUUGAUGACGGAGGAGUUUAAAGUACCUGAAGGUGGUUGUGAUGAAUUAUUUGUCACCCCGAAGAGCGCUUUCAUCAUUACCGAAAAUAUGGAUGAAGUGAAACAUGCGUCUAUUAUUCUCGCCUGGAGGACACUUCUAAGACUCGGUUAUAAUGAUUUAUCUAUGUUGAAGUACAUGUCGGUAGAUGUUAAUCACGAAGAGGUUAUAUCUCUUCUCCAUUGCUUGUUUUCUUCGGAAACCCCUUUCACUGAUGUCUUCUUGAAGAAGCAUAUCUCUUGCGGUAUGACAAGGUUGCAUGACAUGCCAACUCUACCCGUGCAAGAUGGAGGUGAAGCUGAAGCUGGAUCAGAUGGAGUUUUGUCACUCACUGUAUUUGUUAGGAAGCCGGACAUGAAAGUUCUUUAUGCUGAAGGUGGGCAAGACUUUGUCGAUCUACUUUUCAUUUUCCUGGCUAUCCCUUUGGAGUCUGUAUGGGAAAUAACCGGAGGCAAUGUCGAGCUAGGAUGCAUUGGCAACUUUUGGAGAAACAUGAAGAGCUUGAGCUCUAGCGGAGGCACAAAUAGUAUGCUUCCUCAGCAUUAUGGUUUCCACAAAUCGCUGCUUGGUGUCGGUUACCAAAGGAAUAAGUUGGACGUGGACGUAGAUGAUGUUGAGGCUAUCAGUCUGUUGAGUGCAACGAAUACAAAAUCUGACUUGGUUGCUGAACACACGUUACCGGUCAGUAGUGGGUUUGUGAAGAGAGGGUCAACAUUCAUGAUCUCAGAUGAUCUUAUUGUAACACCUUCAAACUUGUCUUCGACCCUUGGCUUACUAAAGAAGUUGGACACAGACUUGGAUGAUAUUGAGGAACAAGUUAUUAGCAUCACUGGAGCAGAGGCUAUCAAUUUAUUGAAAGCUUCAUUGGUGACAUCCACUCCCUUGACCACUGCUCUCGGGAGCUUACUUCUAAAGAAGCCUAAAGUGGAGAGCCUUUAAGACAUCAAGGACUUUGUUGGGCAGUUUGAUCUUGCAGACAUGCUUUAGUUUCUUGUAACCGUUGGUUCAGUUUCGGAUUCUUUUCUCACUAUAGUUUCUCAGAAGAAUUUAAGGCCUUUUUUAUGCUACCUAAGUAUUUUAUGGUUUUCAGUUUCCAUAUGCAUUCAUUUAAUAACAGUUCUAGAAUCAC